GAAGGGGGGAAAAAGCAAAUAAUCACACAGCCUACAUCUUCUCCUCCAGACCCAUCUGCAAAAGGGUGGAUGUCUGCCUGGAGAAUAGCCGCUUCUGUUACGUGUUUUCUUAAAAUAAGGAAAUAAGGUUUUUUUUUUUAGUCUUAUGUGCGCUUUGGAUGCGUGAUGUUCAUCUCAGGAGCGCAUAGUGCUAACUGUGUGUUUAAUAUGCCUGUCUCGCCCGGCGUGUUGCCCCAGACACUGUGUUACCACAAAUCCCCACCUCCACUCCAAUGAGAGCUCGGGAGGGGAGGAAUAAAAGGGUUAAGGGGAGUCUUGGAUGGAGUCUGCUGGGCGGAGUGGAAGGGACGUGAUUGGACGGCCGCGCGUGACGCAGGGGACAUGAAAAAGCUGAUAACUAGUUAAGAAGGCAGUUUGUAACUCUGGAAAAAGAGUGCAGAGCUUGAGACACACAUUUACGCAGAGGACGUGGACGAACUACCGCCACCACCGCCGCCUCCCCCCUUUUACCCCACCACCGGCGCAGAGACGAGCGAGCUUUAGCAGGUCUUGGGGCAGUGUGGGGCUGUUAGACACUGCAGCGUCCGGGGGUAAACAAGAAAAAGAAAACCGCAAAAGUGACUUGGGAACGGAGGGACAAUGGUGCAGCACACAGACAACAGCGAGACGGACGGGAGCAUGUCCAGGGAGGCUACCGAUUCGGAGGAGAGUGAAUUUAUGGCAUGCAGUCCCGUGGCGAUAAACCCGGACUGGUGCAAGACAGCGACCGGUCACAUCAAGAGACCCAUGAACGCGUUUAUGGUCUGGUCCAAAAUCGAGAGGAGAAAGAUCAUGGAGCAGUCGCCGGACAUGCACAACGCGGAGAUUUCCAAGCGCCUGGGGAAGAGGUGGAAGAUGCUCAAGGACAGCGAAAAGAUCCCGUUUAUCAGAGAAGCCGAGAGGCUGCGGCUAAAACACAUGGCCGACUACCCCGACUACAAGUACAGACCCAAGAAAAAACCAAAGCUCGACAGUUCGAAAUCAUCAGCACCGUCUCCGGAGAAGUGCGGUAAAAUAGCAAAGACUCCCAGCAAGAAGUGCUCAAAGAUAAAGACUAAGAGCGGCUCCAAGUCCUCUCACGGCUACGGGGAGGACUGCGUGUUUCCCAGCUUAAAAGUUACAAAGACUGUGAAAAGUGAGCUCACCGACGAGGACGACGACGACGACUACGAGGACGACUACCGGAUGGGGAUUAAGCCAGGGGACGAGGAGCGCCUGAGGCCGUACAAUGUAGCCAAAGUUCCCGCGAGCCCAACUUUGAGCUCCUCGGCCGAGUCCGAGGGGACGAGCAUGUACGAAGAAGUGCGGAACAACAACAACAGACUGUUUUACAAUAUCAAAAACAUUACAAAGCAGAGCACAUUGCACGCUGCUUCCGUCUCACCAGCAUCCUCCAGGUCGGUCUCCACAUCCUCCUCCUCCUCCUCUUCCUCCUCCUCCAGCAGCAGCUCCUCUUCUUCCGGCGAGGACGCGGACGAUUUGCUGUUUGACUUUAGUUUAAAUUUCGCCCCCAGCGCCCCGGGGUCGGAGCUGGGCAACCCCAAUUCAGGAAACCUCUCCCUGUCUCUUGUGGAUAAGGACCUGGACUCUUUCAGCGAGGGCAGCCUGGGCUCUCACUUUGAAUUCCCAGACUAUUGCACGCCAGAACUCAGUGAGAUGAUUGCCGGGGACUGGCUGGAGGCGAACUUUUCCGACCUGGUCUUCACAUACUGAAUUGAGAGCGAGAGAGAGAGGAGGGAGGGAAAAAAAAGUUGCUCUAGUAAUAACAGAGAAGGGAGAAAUGAAAUUAUAUAUGUGUCCUGGUCAAGUUGUCCCUAGCCCUGCCCUCCUAUGGGUUUUUUUUUCCCCCUGAAGGGUCCUGGAGGGAGGUGGAGGACCAGGGAGGCGAGGUGAGGUUUGAGGAAUGAGAUGCUUAUGAAGCUGGUAGCAAAAAAGAGAAAAAAAACAGCAAAGUCUGCAGACGUUUUUUUCUGGCAGCAUGACAGGGUUUUAUGGAUUUUUUUCCCCCCCCGUAGGUCUGCAUUUACUGUUCAGCUUAAACGGACCACAAAAGGGAAAAAUAACGUUGAACUUCUAUGCAUCUUAUCCUCUUAAAAACAAACAAAAAAACUGCAGGGAGCUGAAAACGGACUGUGGACUGACUCAAAGCAAAUCUGUGAACUGACAAUUGUUCAGGAUGUUACUUUACAACGGUUUAUGUAAUUUCUAAAUGCCGCAAAAUGUUUGUUUGUUUUUUUUGUAACUGAUUCCGUUUACCUCCUGGUUUGGAAAAAUUUAAGCAGCCUAAACCUCUGCAGAGUACAGGUGUGGAGGAAACAUUUUGAUACAUAACAGACCUCAUCUUUUUAAAAGAAAAGUAAGAUAUUUUCAGGCAUAUUUUUGUACAGUUAAAAGGGAAUGUUCUUACUGUGCUUUCAGUGAGUUUCAGGCACUUCUUCCCUUUAUCAUUUGUUUUUAGCAUGCAAGGGAGUCCUGGUUUUAAGGAUUAAGUUAAAUUAAAACUUGCAUCAAAAAUGCCUUGUGAUUUUAAACUAGGUUUUGUACAGUUGUAGAGCAGAUUUGUUGAGUAUUUGUAGACGAUACAAUGGCAUCAUGGGGAACACAUACCUCAGAGCUGGAACUAGUUUCAAGAUUGUAUAUGUACUGUAAUAUAGUAAAGUUAGGAGUUUAUGUAUAUCAUACUCGUGAUAUGUGGAUGGGUCCCAAUCGCAGGUGUGAAACUGGAUUUUGGUAUUUUUUAUGGCACAUACUGUUUUUCCCCCCUCUCAUUUUUUUGUGCAAUAUAUACUCUUAAGAUACAGACCAUCAACAAUUGUAGCAAGUGAUGGAAAAACAGACUUGUGCACUGUCAACAUCAUUUCAUGUUAUGAUGCUGAAAGCCUGUCCAGGCAGAAAAAUAAACAAAUCAGCUGGAACUGAUACAAAACAAUUUAAUAUGGCCUCCUGGUGUGAUGCAUACUAUAGCAACAGAUAAAUAUCACAAUUUGAAUGUUAUUUGACACAAAACGAUUGGAUAAUGGUCAUAUCUGACACCAAAAAACAGUUUGAAUCUGACUGAAAAUUAGGGAAACAAGAGUUCUGCAAAAGGGGCAUAGUCUGGUAGAGUGGUGGUCUGGCAUUAGUUUGACAAGCAAGCAAAAAAGAACAUUCCAUAGUCCUGUUUCAUGAAAUGAAACUUUAUUUUAAAACUGAAGACUGCCUUCUUUUUUUAAAACAUUAACCAUAAACCUGUAUUUUUUAUUUCUUGCACUUAAAAAAGCAGAUAUUGUUUAUUUUUAUGUGGGUCUUACAUAUGAAGUCUGUUUGAUAAAAGGUUUUGGAAUAUGACCUAAUUAUAUGCCAAGACGUUUUGUUGGAAGUUCUAGGCAGUAGUUACUUCACAUUCCAAGUGUGAAUCUGUCUUUGACUCAUCUUUUAAUAAAUAAGUACCUACCACCAUCGACUGUCCUUUCAGUUUGUGAAUAUAUGUACACAAAUGUGUUAUUUGUUGCGUUUGAAAAGGAUGUGAUGACAGAAUGAUGCCUAUUUUGUAUGUAGGCGGAUACUCUGAAAUGGAUGGGCUCAAACUAACAUGUGAAUUCACAUUUAAUAAAAAGGAAAAAAAGGAAAACUUGUAAA